GCUACCAUAGCUUCCUCAAUUCGGUUAUGUUAUGUCAGGCUUUCUGAAUGAUUGACAUAUUAUUGGCUGAUGACGUGGCCUAUAAGAGCAGGCUGAGGCAUGUAAACACACCCACAAUGGAGAAAUGCAGAAUAAACAGGCAGAGGUAAAACAGGUCUAUGUAUAUGCAAACAGAAAGGAGACAACUGUUAGUUACAUUGCUGAAGGAUCCAAUGAAGUAUAUCUAGAUCAGGAUGGCAACAUUUAACAACACUGGCACAAUCAAUGGCAGCAAUCAGUAUCGCUGUGUUUUAAAUGAGAACUUCAAGUACAUUCUCCUCCCGGUGAGUUACACUCUGGUGUUUGUGGUCGGCCUGGGGUUGAACAUCACCGCCAUGUACGUCAUCUUGUUUCGAACCAAACACUGGAAGCCCAGCACCAUCUACAUGAUCAACCUCAACGUUUGUGACACUCUUUACAUCCUCACCCUUCCGUUUCUGAUCUACUAUUACGCUGAUGAGAACGACUGGCCGUUUGGCGAGCCGAUGUGUAAACUGAUUCGCUUUCUCUUCUACACGAACCUCUACGGAAGCAUCCUCUUCCUCAGCUGCAUCAGCCUACACCGAUUUCUAGGUGUCUGCCAUCCUGUGCGCUCUUUGUCUUGGAUGAACGGCCGUCGUGCUCGUUUGGUCUCUGCGGGCAUAUGGACAACAAUGCUGAUCUUUCAGGCGCCUAUCCUUUAUUUCUCCAGGAUGAAAGAUAAUGGUGGCAUACGGGUUUGCUAUGACACCACCAGCAAGGAGCUCUUCAAUGACUUUCUGGUCUACAGCUCGGUGGUGAUGUUCCUGCUCUUUGUCCUACCAUUUGGGGUGGUGCUGGUCUGCAAUGGGCUGAUGGUGAGGAAACUUCAGGAACCCGGUGUUGGUGAAGGACCAAUGUCACAACGCUUUAAGCAGAAGUCAGUGAAGAUGAUCAUUAUUGUGCUUCUGGCUUUUAUGUUGUGCUUCUUGCCUUUCCACAUGAACCGCAGUAUAUACUACACCUUCCGCUACCUGGACAAACAGGUGAGCUGCUCGAUGCUGGACUACGCCAACAUUGCCUACAAGGUCACGCGACCUCUGGCCAGCUUAAACAGCUGCAUCGACCCCAUCCUCUACUUCAUGGCAGGACAGGGCUUCAGAAGAAGCAUCAAGAGCAAGAAAGCUAAAGCAAGAUCUGAAAAUAUGAAAUCACCAUCAACCUCUUUAUAAUGUGCUUGAGCAAAAAUAAAAUAUCUUAGACUACUAGAAGGUUCUUGGGGCAGCCAUGACAGGGCCUUACCCGGGGAAAUGAGAUUUGAUGAAUGGCAGUCAUCAAUGUUGAUGUAAUUAAAGGGUUAGUUCACCCAAGAAAUGAAAAUUCUGUCAUUAAUUACUCACCCUUAUGCGUUCCAAACCUGUAAGACCUUCAUUCAUCUUCGGAACACAAAGUAAGAUAUUUUUGAUGAAA